UUGAAGUUAAUCAUAAUUUUAAUUUGCUAUGGGUGUUUUGCAUUAGGAAUUGACGAGCGGCCUUACUGUUUUAAAUUUACUUGGCCAGGGGCAAUGUCUUAUAACAACACUUUAAAAUUAAAUUGUACAGGAAACUCAUAUCUUGGAGUGCCAUGUGUAAAACCAAUUAUAGAUGGAUGGUUUUACCCAAAUACGACUGAAAUUUAUUUAGAUCAUAAAGAUGAUAAAGAUAAUGAAGACUCAGCUAUGUGUUAUUUACAAAAAGGCUUGACAUGUAUUAAAUAUACUAAUAAGUACAAUAAUGCAAUUUUAUUCGCUUCCCAUUAUUGUGGGAGAGUACUUGAAGAUAAAACAACAGCUAUUUCAUCAGGAUGCUUUAAUUACGAAACUGAUGGUCAUAUAAUUGAAGUUUGUGCUUGUCAAUCUCAACCAGGAGAAGAACCAUGUAACGUAGCAACAAAACAGAUUGCUUCUAUUUUAAUGUUAUUUCCCAGUAUGAUAAUAUUAUUUUAUUAUUUUUAUAAUGUUUUUGAGAAUAGAGUCCGUCAAUCUCCAAUCGGGGCUUUGGGAAAGUUCAAAAAUAGUCGAAUACACGGUGAUAACUCGGCGCAUGUUUUAACCUUGAAUUUUACUGUUUAA